GAGUGCACGCCAGCCUAAAGCACAGUGGGGAGAUGUGCUUUAUGGAUGCUUCGGGCAACAUGGACCGGCAUCAUUGUCGAGUAUUCCUGCUGUUGACCCACAGUUGUGCUGGUGGCCUGCCGCUGGGGAUAAUCAUCACCCAGUCUGAGGAAGAGCAGGUCAUAUUGGAGGGCCUAGAACUUCUGAAGAGCCUCCUUGAUGAAGAGUCCUUUUCAGGCAGGGGAGAGUCAGGGCCCAUGAUAUUCCUCACAGAUGACAGCAGGGCAGAGAGAGCAGCAUUAAGCAGAGCCUUCCCACAAGCCAAACUUUUCCUCUGUUCCUUUCACCUGCUGCAAGCUGUAUGGAGAUGGCUGUGGUGCAAGGAGAAUGACAUCAGCAUGUCAGACAGGACUACAUUGUUUGCAGUCGUCAAAGAUUUGUUAUAUGCCAGGGAGGAGAGUUCAUUGCACAGCUGUUACCAUCGGGCUUUAGAGAGCUCUGCUUUUAACAGGUAUCCAAAGUUCAAGGCCUACGUGGAGAAGCUCUACAGCCGGAGGGAGUGUUGGGCUCUCUGCUACAGGGACACCAUGCCAAUAAGAAGCAAUAACACCAACAACUACAGCGAGGCUGCAAUGAGGAUACUGAAAGACAAAAUCCUACAUCGCACGAAGGCAUACAAUGUACUGCAGUUAUUUGACUUUCUGACCACCUGCCUCAGUGCUUAUUAUGAGGCUAGAAUAACAGAUGCUGCCAUUGGCCAUUGGGAAGGCUUGCAGAAAUCAAGGUUCCUGGUGAAGAGCAACAGUGUGGAACCUGAGGACAUCCACAAGAUUGAUGCCAGCCACUUUGAAGUGAAAAGCUGUUCCACUCCUGGAAAGAUCUAUGUCGUAGACGUACACCUGGAGAUGUGCACCUGUCCCAUGGGUAGCAGUGGUGAGCCCUGCAAACACCAGGCAGCUGUCGUCCUCCAGCACAGAGUCCCCAGCACCAACUUCCUGCCACAAACAGCAGAGAUGAGGGCAAAGCUACUGUACAUAGCAACUGGUAAGGAUAAUGUUCCUCUCCAGUUUCUGCAGCCGUUCAGGGAAGAGGCAGGGCCAUCAACAGGGACAUAUGCUGUCCCAGACCUGGACAUUGCCGAUGACGCCUGGCAAGAAGAGACAGAUCGGGUGAUGGUGACUGAACAGGUUCAACAGGCUGGAUCAGAGGAAGCAUCACAUCAAGCUGCUGCAGCAGGAUUUGCUGAAAUGUGCCAGGAGCUGUCAGCCCUUAUCAACAGCGACUCAUCUUUCACAGCCUCAGCAGUGGCUGCAGUAAAGGCCUUUAAAAAAAUCAAAGACAAUCCAUCAAAAAUUAUCACGGCCUUACAUAUGUUUGCCGACACCACUUAAGAUCAUCCGAGAUGUGGACUCCACGGAAUCUGAAGCUGCUGACCCCUUCAACAGCAGCCCCGUUGAUGAAGCCUUCGGUGCUGCGAACACGGCGACUGAGCUGCUGCAAAGACCAGGAGCAGGACUCGGUGUGGAUCAGAUUGCUUCUUUUCAACAGAACCAGAACGUUCUUCUAACAUCACGACACGUUCCCCAUGGAGAAAGCAAGAAGGCAAAUCAAACCAAACUGCCGACCUGUCAUCUCAAAUAUCUUAUUCUCGUUCACAUCAUCCUGGUGUGGUAAUGAGGCCGGAGGCGCAGAAGACAUGUUUCCCUGGAGAACCAGCAAGAUGUCCGCUUGGACAUCAGCCAUUCAGCAGGAGGUCGUCCUGUCGUCAUCUUUCAGUCUGCAUGUGGUCCACUGUU